UUUCAUUAUUAUAAAGCAAACGUAAACAAAAUAGAUGACACCGUUCUAUAGUAUAAUUACUUACCAGUAUAAAGGUGUAUGAAUAUAAAACAUGAGGCGCGUCGUAGUAAUCGGUGCAGGAGCUAGUGGACUAACUGCUAUAAAAUGCUGUCUUGACGAGGGUCUCGAGCCUGUUUGUUUCGAGAGAACAAACUAUAUUAGUGGAUUAUGGCACUACACCGAUGAGGUUGAAGAGGGUCAGGCAUGCGUUAUGAAGUCCACGGUGAUCAAUACAUCAAAAGAGAUGAUGUGCUACAGCGAUUGUUCUAUACCAGGGGAUUUUCCCAUUUACAUGCACAAUAAAUACGUGGACAAGUAUUUGCACAUGUACGCUGACAUAUUCAAACUCAAAAAGCAUAUAAACUUCAAUACAGAGGUUGUUUCGGUUAAACCGACAAGCAGUUUUAAAACCAGCGGUACAUGGGAAGUUGUAACCCGGGAUAGGACAACAGGGAACACAGGAACGGAUACAUUUGAUGCAGUUCUUGUCUGUACUGGUCAUCAUGCAGAAAAAAACAUGCCGAAUUUUCGUGGGUUAGAAUUGUUCAAAGGCAAAGUGACACAUACCCAUGAUUACAAGGAUUACCAUGGUUAUGAGGACAAAAGGGUUUUAAUUAUUGGUAUUGGAAACUCUGGCGGAGAUGUGGCAACAGAACUUAGUCGAAUAUCUGCACAGGUGUACCUGAGUACACGGACUGGUACUUGGAUUUUCAAUCGUGUCGGUGACAAGGGAGACCCGGGCGAUAUGGUGAACUCAAGGCGAUUCAAAAGAGCCGUUUUCAGGAUGUUUCCAUCUUUAGCUGUGAAACUAGCAGAGAACCGAUUAAACAAUAGGUUCGAUCAUAAGAAGUAUUGCCUGCAGCCAAAACACAGUCCAUUGUCAGCUCAUCCGACCGCUAACGACGAACUUCCAAACAGAAUCAUUGCUGGUGGUGUUAUUAUCAAAGCUAACGUAUCGGAGUUUACAGAAACUGGUGCAAUAUUUGAAGAUGGUACUAGAGUUGAUAACCUGGACGCUGUUGUGUUUGCAACCGGUUACAUAUUUGGUUUUCCAUUUCUAGAUAAAAAUGUGAUUGAAGUCAAAGACAACAAAGUGAACCUGUAUAAGAAUAUGUUUCUACCAGAUUCAGAAAAGCAUACGCUUGCGAUAAUAGGAUGUUUCCAGCCACUUGGUGCUAUAAUGCCAGUGAGCGAGAUGCAAUGCCGUUUGGCUACACGUGUGUUUAAAGAUUUGGUUGGGUUGCCAGAUAAAGAAGAGAUGUGGCAGGAUAUAAGAAGAAAACAAGAGGCUAUGGCUCUCAGAUACAAGAAAUCAACACGCCAUACAAUACAGGUGGAUUUCAUACCAUUUAUGGACGAACUUGCCGAAAUGAUAGGCUGCAAACCGGACCUAAAACAACUUCUUCUGAGAGACCCGAAACUUGCCGCUGAGUGUUAUUUUGGACCGUGCACGCCCUACCAGUACCGUCUAAUGGGACCAGGGGCCUGGCAAGGAGCGAGAAAUGCAAUAAUGACACAAUGGGACCGGACGUAUCAACCUUUGAAAACAAGGCCGUGUGAAGGAAAAUCAGGAAAAGGCAUUGGGACACUAAAUGUGGUGAUAAUUAUGAUAAUUGCCGUGUUGCUAUACUUCAUUUUGUGAAGCAAAAUCCAUUUCAGAUAUCGGCUAUAUACUAGUAUAUAGCCCUACCGCAUAUUAUGCCAUAGCUAUGUACUUUGUAGAAAUAAUCAGGAAAAGAAUGACAAUCACUAAACGAACAGCGUUGACAGGAAGCUAUAGUUAUCUAGUCUGUCCCACCUAAUUUUGGACCUACCUCAACUUUGGACUGAUAUGAAGAAAUGUAACGUGAUCAAAGAACAUAAAACAUGUUUUGUGACUUAAAAAAGUCACUCUCGAGAAUUUCAAUGAAUCUUGCAACAAUCGUCUGGUUUUCCGUGCGACUGAAUUUCAGUAGUUAAUCGUUUCUACCUAGAUAUACAUGCGUGUGUGACCUUAGAGGGAGAAAAGCGCAUCAUCUGACAGUGUAUUAUGGAAGGCCAGUGCACCAUGCUUUUUGCCAAAUGCUAACUGACAAAUAUUCAAUGCAAAAUGCUAUUUUCCAAAUGCUGAAUGUCACAUAUUGAAUGUCAAAUGAUAAUUGUCAAACUUUAAAUGCUAAUUGUUAACUGAUAAAUGCUAAGUGCUUAUUUUGCUUAUUGAAAAAUAACUGAAUAUAUCAGUGUAUGAAUACAUCCUUUGAAUAGUUAUUGGCCUUUGUUACAUAACUUUGUCUCUAUUAAAUAGUUUUUUCUUAACAUUUUAAAAGUAAACAAUUUCUGACUAAUGUUCUUAUGGCCGGUAGAACAUGUUAUUGUUUCAAGUCAGACUGGUGGAAUACCAUAUGCCUUCAAAUGAUUAAAUUUUACAAUCAUAAUUUAAGAGAUAAAAAUCAUUAAUUCAUACAUCUAAAAAGCUGUAAAAAGACCCUUUGGAAGCAUAGAAUGCAACAAAGCAGAAUAAUAAAGGCUUGAAAGCCAGUUGAAAGUGAUCACUGUGUGUGUUGUAAGAGAUAAUCUAUCAACGUACUUUGUCAAAGCUUUCUAGUGGUAAAAUUUAAAUUGAAAGUCGUCAAAAACACAUAAAUUAGGAUUAUUUACACUUUUAAAAAGCAAGUGCAGUAACAAAUGUAUGAAAAUGCGAAAUAUUCGAUGUUGAAGUAUAAAUGUUGAUGGAUAUAUGCAGAACUACAUUUCAAUGUUUGUUAUUAAUGUUAUUAAUGUUUCUUGUCACCUAGUGGGCAAAGACAGGGUUAUCCUGUAUGAGAUCACCGAGCUACAAGUGCGUAUAUUGACGUCUUAAUAGCCAGAGUAACCACUGCGGUGUCUAUUUGAUCUAAGGUGAAGAAUUAUAUGUUGUAGACCUAGAAAUGAUUACAAAUGAAUGUAAUCGAUUAAAUCACAACUAUUUUGUUUUUCAAAUGUAAUCAAUCACAUACAUGUACGCUACAUUGUGAUUACUCAAAUCAAUAACUACUUUAUCAAAAUAAAUUAUAAUGA